AUGCGGACAACUGGGGCCAAACGAGGAAGGACACAGACCCUAAAGCCAGACCCAGGUCCCAGCGCGCUUCUGGGCUCUAACCUGGGAGACUCGCAUCCAGCGCGGGGGAAGCUACUAGUCUCUGCCCUGAGCUCCGUGGCGCAGAGCGCUCCACGCGCAUUCACGCCCCGCUCCUCGCCUGCACCCCCACCCCGCGGCCCGGAGCCCCCGGGAGCUCCAGCGGGCGAGGAACGCAGUGCGGACCUGCUUGGGCCUUGCCUCGGGGUCAGAGGCCUGACUGUGAGCAGCUGCCUGGCUGUCCCUUCUGCUUUCAGACAAGACCACUCCGAGUUUCCCGCAGCUGCAAACAUGUUCAUCAAGAACCCCGAGAUCUCAGAGUCGCUGAGGCUUGGGGAACUCCAGGACAGAGCACGGACGGGGUCGAAGAGAUACUCCCUCCCAGAUCUGGGGAACAGCAGCGUUAAGGAGGGUCUCCAUCUGCGCCACCGGCGCCGACGGGCAGGGCGUGGAGAUUUUGCGCUGGGUGGCACCGGCCAAGCGCGAGUACCCGCGUCGGCACAUGCCGUGCUGAAGGCCGAGCAGGCGGCGGUGUUCAAGUUCCCACUGGCGCCGCUGGGCUGUUCAGGGCUGAGCUCUGCGCUGCUGGCGGCGGGGCCUGGGCUGCCCGGCGCCGCGGGUGCACCACACCUGCCACUCGAGUUGCAGCUCCGCGGGAAGCUGGAGGCGGCAGGCCCUGGGGAGCCAGGCACCAAGGCCAAGAAGGGGCGUCGGAGCCGCACUGUGUUCACCGAGCUGCAGCUGAUGGGCCUGGAGAAACGCUUUGAGAAGCAGAAGUACCUUUCCACGCCGGACAGAAUAGAUCUUGCUGAAUCCCUGGGCCUGAGCCAGUUGCAGGUGAAGACGUGGUACCAGAAUCGGAGGAUGAAGUGGAAGAAAAUAGUGCUGCAGGGCGGCGGCCUGGAGUCUCCCACCAAGCCCAAGGGGCGGCCCAAGAAGAACUCAAUUCCAACGAGUGAGCAGCUCACCGAGCAGGAGCGCGUCAAGGAUGCGGAGAAACCAGCGGAGGUGCCGGGCGAGCCCAGCGACAGGAGCCGCGAGGACUGAGGGCGGCAUAUGGUGCCGGGCCCUGGAUGCCCGCACCGCCCGCAGCCCCCUCACCCGGCGGAAACCUGCGAGCCGGCCCUUCCGCGUCCAAGACGUUUACUUCCUAAAUCUUUUUAUGAUGAUCUUGAAUGCGGACAACUGGGGCCAAACGAGGAAGGACACAGACCCUAAAGCCAGACCCAGGUCCCAGCGCGCUUCUGGGCUCUAACCUGGGAGACUCGCAUCCAGCGCGGGGGAAGCUACUAGUCUCUGCCCUGAGCUCCGUGGCGCAGAGCGCUCCACGCGCAUUCACGCCCCGCUCCUCGCCUGCACCCCCACCCCGUCUGGGGCCUGCCCUCCCGGCCGGGGAGCCUCCAGGCACACACCCGCUUCUGGACGUCGGGGACCGGCGGUUGGGCUCAGGCCACCACGGCCUGAGACCCCCGGGGCAACCGGUCGGCUCGGCCUGGAGGCGGGUUCCCGAUGUCGCUGGGGCCCCUACCCCCUCUUGCGAAGACGGUGACUUUUUUUUUCCAAUAAAAUAUUUUAU